AUGGAUACGGCGGAGGUGGCAACUUGGCAGCACCACAGAGCGUGCCUGUGGCGCACGCAGGUGGUGCCAGUGCAGGUACGAACCUGGGACGGCUUGUCUCCUCCCCCUCUGGUGUGUUUUGAUGGGCUCUGUCUGAACACACCUGGGCACGGCGGAGGUGGAGGGUUGGCAGCACCACAGAGCGUGCCUGUGGCGCACGCAGGUGGUGCGGUGCUACAGCAUCUUCUGCAGGUACUAAUGGCUUUUGCGGCGCCUCAAAAGUCGCAGGAGGGGCUACAGGAUUCGCAGCGGAGCCCUUUUUCGCCCCUUCCCUGGCCCUUCCCCACUCUUCCCCACUCUUCCCCCACCCUUUGCUGCCCCCCCUUCCCCCCUCUGCCCCUCGUGCCUGCCAGCAUGUGUCUUCACAUUGAAACCCUAGACCCCACCUCCACCAACUCUGCCGCUCUUUUUUGCCCCUUCCCCUUUCCCCCUCUGCCCCCCGUGCCUGCCAGCAUACCCCACCUCCACCAACUCUGCCGCUCUUUUUUGCCCCUUCCCCUUUCCCCCUCAGAUGCCACCUCCACUAACUCUUCCAGCCUUUUCCCCCCGCGACCCCCCAACCCAACGCUAACCCCUUCAGAUACCACCUCCACCCACUCUGCCUCCCCUUACCCCCCCUCGACCCCCAACCCUCAAUCCCCUUCAGAUGCCACCUCCACCAACUCUGCCGCCCUUUCCGCCGCCCAGUCGACGUCCUCCGAUCCCAAGGACGGGCGGGGCACCGCCCGCAAGUUCCGCCUGCACGAGCUGCGGGCGGCGACGUCGUCUUUUAGCAAGAAGGCGGUGCUGGGGCGGGGCAGCUUCGGGGAGGUGUAUCUGGGGAAGCUGGGCGGGAAGGAGAGCAAAGAGGUGGUGGAAGUGGCGGUGAAGAAGCUGAAUCCUGAAAGCUCACAAGGGCUGGACGAAUGGCUGGCGGAGAUAGUGCUGCUGAGGAAGCUGCACCACCCCAAUCUGGUGGAGCUCAUAGGCUACUGUGCAGAAAAGGGCGAGGCGCUGCUCGUGUACGGGCUCUGCCCCAAUGGCAGCCUGGACGACCGCCUAUUCCCCCGGAGGGAGGUGGAUAUCAUUGACUGGCCCACACGCGUGCGGAUAGCGCAGGGAGCAGCGCAGGGGCUGCUGCAUCUACACGAGAACAAGGUCAUUCACCGCGACUUAAAGCCGUCCAACAUCUUAUUGGAUCAGGACAUGCAAGCACGCAUCACGGAUUUCGGCAUGGCGAAGCAGUCGGCCAGCAGCGUGAGCCACAUCUCGACGCGAGUGAUGGGCACGAUGGGGUAUUUGGAUCCCGAGUACAUGGAGACGGGGUGUCUGAGGGAUAAGAGCGACGUUUACUCGCUAGGGGUCAUCCUGCUACAGAUGCUAACAGGCCGCGAUGCUGUGUCCAAGGAAGGCAAUGUGAAGCUUGUGGCUUGGAUGGGGCCGCACCUGUACCCCAACAUCACCGAACCUGAGGCUUGGAUCGACCCGAACCUGCAGGGCAGGUUCUCCCGCCGAGGCGCCAAGAUGCUGGCAGCCGUGGCGAAGCAGUGCUCCGCCCGGCACAAGGAGGACCGGCCGGAGAUGAGUGACGUGGCACAAGCUCUGAUGUCCGUGCCUCUUGCUGAUUGA